AAUGAGCGCGCGCCGCGUCCGGGGCGGCUGGUGCGCGAGACGCCGCCGAGAGAUUGGUAGCUAAUGUAACAGUUUGCAAACCGAGGGGAGUUGUGAAGGGCGCGGGCUGGGGGCGCGCUGCCGACCUCGUGGGUACGUCCGCCGCCGCGUUUGUCCCAGAGCUGUGGCCACCGGAGCGGAGGGGCACGAUGGCAGCCACCGGACAGAGGCAGAGACCACGGAGGCUAGCCUGUUGGGCCUUGAUGGCUGUGCUCUUGGCAAACCUGCUGGCACUGACUGACACGCUGGCAGUGAUGUCUGUGGACCUGGGCAGCGAGUCCAUGAAGGUGGCGAUCGUCAAACCUGGGGUGCCCAUGGAAAUUGUCUUGAACAAGGAAUCCCGGAGGAAAACCCCAGUGACUGUGACCCUGAAAGAAAAUGAAAGAUUCUUUGGAGACAGUGCAGCAAGCAUGGCCAUCAAGAAUCCAAAGGCAACGCUGCGUUACUUCCAGCACCUCCUGGGGAAGCAGGAAGAUAACCCCCACGUGGCCCUUUACAGAGCCCGUUUCCCAGAGCACGAGCUAGGCUUUGACCCACAGAGGCGGACUGUGCACUUCCAAGUCAGCCCGCAGCUGCAGUUCUCCCCUGAGGAGGUACUCGGCAUGGUGCUCAAUUACUCCCGAUCCCUGGCUGAAGAUUUUGCAGAGCAGCCCAUCAAGGAUGCUGUGAUCACCGUGCCAGCCUUCUUCAAUCAGGCUGAGCGCCGAGCUGUGCUGCAGGCUGCUCACAUGGCCGGCCUCAAGGUGCUGCAGCUCAUCAAUGACAACACUGCCACUGCCCUCAGCUACGGUGUGUUCCGCCGGAAGGAUAUCAACACCACUGCCCAGAAUAUCAUGUUCUAUGACAUGGGCGCAGGGAGCACCGUGUGCACCAUCGUGACUUACCAGACAGUGAAGACGAAGGAGGCGGGGAUACAGCCACAGCUCCAGAUCCGGGGAGUAGGAUUUGACCGCACGUUGGGGGGCCUGGAGAUGGAGCUCCGGCUGCGUGAGCACCUGGCUGGGCUUUUCAAUGAACAACGCAAGGGCCAGCGAACAAAGGACGUGCGGGAGAACCCCCGUGCCAUGGCCAAGCUGCUCCGUGAGGCAAAUCGACUCAAAACUGUCCUGAGCGCCAAUGCUGACCACAUGGCACAGAUCGAGGGCCUCAUGGAUGAUGUGGACUUCAAGGCGAAAGUGACUCGAGCAGAGUUUGAAGAGCUGUGUGCAGACUUAUUUGAGCGGGUGCCCGGGCCUGUGCGGCAGGCCCUCCAGAGUGCUGAAAUGAAUCUGGAUGAGAUCGAGCAGGUGAUCCUGGUGGGCGGGGCCACUCGGGUCCCCAGAGUUCAGGAGGUGCUGCUGAAGGCUGUGGGCAAGGAGGAGCUGGGGAAGAACAUCAAUGCGGACGAAGCCGCCGCUAUGGGGGCCGUGUACCAGGCAGCUGCGCUCAGCAAAGCCUUCAAGGUGAAGCCGUUUGUCGUCCGAGAUGCAGUGAUCUACCCCAUCCUGGUGGAGUUCACAAGGGAUGUGGAGGAGGAGCCUGGGGUUCGCAGCCUGAAACAUAAUAAACGGGUCCUCUUCUCUCGGAUGGGGCCCUACCCUCAACGCAAAGUCAUUACCUUUAACCGCUACAGCCAUGAUUUCAACUUCCACAUCAACUAUGGUGACCUGGGCUUCCUGGGGCCCGAGGAUCUACGCGUAUUUGGCUCCCAGAAUCUGACCACAGUGAAGCUGAAAGGGGUGGGUGAGAGCUUCAAGAAGUAUCCGGACUAUGAGUCCAAGGGCAUCAAGGCUCACUUCAACUUGGACGAGAGCGGUGUGCUCAGCCUAGACAGGGUGGAGUCUGUGUUUGAGACACUGGUGGAGGACAGUCCAGAAGAGGAAUCUACUCUGACCAAACUUGGCAACACAAUCUCCAGCCUGUUUGGAGGUGGUACCACACCAGAUAGUAAGGAGAAUGGUACUGACACUGUCCAGGAGGAAGAGGAAAGCACUGCCGAGAGAAGCAAGGAUGAGCCCGGAGAGCAGACUGAGCUCAAGGAGGAGGCUGAGGCCCCAAUGGAGGAUACGUCUCAGCCCCCAACCCCCGAGCCUAAGGAGGAUGCAGUUCCUGGGGGUGAAAAGGCCGCAGAAAAAGAAAAUGGGGAAGAGUCUGAGGCCCCGAAGCCAAGUGAGAAAAAAGAGGCAGGGUCUGAGGGUGUCCCUCCAGCCCCAGAGGAAGAAAAGAAGCAGAAGCCUGCCCGGAAGCAGAGGGUGGUGGAGGAGAUUGGGGUGGAGCUGGCCCUCCUGGACCUGCCAGACCUGCCCCGGGAUGAGCUGGCCCGCUCGGCGCAGAAACUUCAGGACUUGACGCUCCGAGACCUAGAGAAGCAGGAACGGGAGAAAGCUGCCAACAGCUUGGAAGCGUUCAUCUUUGAGACCCAGGACAAGCUGUACCAGCCCGAGUACCAGGAAGUGUCCACCGAGGAGCAGCGUGAGGACAUCUCUGGGAAACUCAGCGCUGCUUCCACCUGGCUGGAGGACGAGGGCUUUGGGGCCACCACAGGGAUGUUGAAGGAGAAGCUGACCGAGCUGAGGAAGCUGUGUCAUGGCUUGUUUUUUCGGGUGGAAGAACGGAAGAAGUGGCCCGAGCGUCUCUCUGCCCUCGAUAAUCUCCUCAACCAUUCCAGCAUGUUCCUCAAGGGGGCCCAGCUCAUCCCAGAGAUGGACCAGAUCUUCACCGAGGUGGAGAUGACAACGUUAGAAAAAGUCAUCAACGAGACCUGGGCCUGGAAGAAUGCAACCAUGGCUGAGCAGGCCAAGCUUCCUACCACGGAGAAGCCUGUGCUGCUCUCAAAAGACAUCGAGGCCAAGAUGAUGGCCCUGGACCGCGAGGUGCAGUAUCUGCUCAAUAAGGCGAAGUUUGCCAAGCCCCGGCCCCGGCCCAAGGACAAGAAUGGCACCCGGGCAGAGCCUCCCCUCAAUGCCAGUGCCAGUGAGCAGGGGGAGAAGGUCAUCCCUCCUCCAGGCCAGACUGAAGAUGCAAAGCCCAUUUCAGAACCCAAGAAAGAGACCGGAUCUGAACCCGCCGACGCCGAACCUCUGGAGUUAGGAGGGCCAGGAGCAGGCGAGGAGUCGGAACAGAAGGAGCCCACAGGACAGAAGCAAACUCUGAAGAAUGACGAGCUAUAACCCCGCCUCCUGUGCCCGUUCACCCCAUGCCCUUCUCCUGUCACCUCUAUUUAUUAAACAUCUCGGGUCGGGGAGGGUGGGUCCUGCCCCCUGCCCUCUGAGGCUUCGGUUCCUUUUGUCUCACCAGUGAGUGGAGAUGGGGAGGAGGGGAAGGAAGGGGCGGCCCACCAGUUCCUUCUGAAGGCGUUCUGUGGUUAAAACUGAAAUUGUUCUGUUCCCAGUCCCGCUGCCUGAUUCCCUACCCAUCCAGGCCCUAAUUUGGGAAAAAUCACUGUUAUGUCUUAAUUCUUUGCCUGUGGGUAGAUGAGAGAAUGGCCGUCAGUGGUUGGCAGACUGGGAGUGGGAAGGGUGUCCCGGGGUGUUCGAGUCUCCAGGCCCCCCUGGUCAUCCUUCCCUCCUCUCUUCCUCCACGGUCACGCGGGGCCAGCAUCCGCAGAGCCUCGGUCUCCAGGUUUGGUUUCUGAGUGCCUAUUGAUGCUCUUUUUUCCCCAAUGUUCUUGCCCUAAAAACCCUCAUCCCCAUUGAUUCCUCUUCCCAGGGGUUUCCUUGGCUUCCUGUUCCAAGUCAGGCAGGUCUCUGCCUCUCGCCCAAGGCCCUGCCAUCUGGACUGGCUGAAAAAUAAAUCUAGAUCGAUUCCCACUGACACAUUCACCCCUCGCUGGCCAGAGUAGGCAGGGAGGAAGUGCUGAAGGGAAUCCAGCCACCUCUCCAGGGAGUGAGACGUGGAAACCCUGUAGGGGUCCCACCUGUGGACGCCUGGGCCAGGGAAGCCGCAUGGAGUGGCCGGCUUGGGCUGCCGGCCUGUGCGGACAGUGUCAGAAUCCACGUGUCCCCAGUGGUGCGGUGCCCUGCAUCGCUUUGUCCACCUGCCCUUUCUCCUUUGUUCUGCCCUCCCGGACAUAGCCUUGCCCUUGGCCCCCUGGCCCGUGGGCUGACCACAAUGUGCUUUCUACUGUGAGCCCCUGUCCCGAGACCCUGGGAGAGGGAGAGACUGGUGUGAAUGUAAAAAUGCCACCUCACUCUCUGAGGCAGGCCCUGGGGCGCAGGAAGAGGGGACUGGCCGGCCUGCCUUUCAUGUGCUGCUCUGCCAGGAUGGUGCUUCUCUGCCCCACGCUGACGCUGGGGAGCCUGUCCUCCAGCGUUUCCAUCUGUAGCAGGAGCCAGGGCCGCCACCCAGCUCCCAGGGCAAGGGAGCCUGCUUGUGUCUGUCUGUUGUCUUUUUCUCCUCUUUUUUUUUUUUUUUUGCCACAUUGGCAGAAAGAGACAUAAGGGUCCUUCCCAUCCUGAACGUUUGAGUUCUUUCACUAGCAGUUGAAGCUGGUUGGACAGGUUUGAGUCAAGUUGUACUUUGCUCCAUUGUUAAUUGAGAAACUUUCAAUAAAAUAUUCUUUUCUACA